AUGGAAAAGGGCCAUUUAGCUAGGAAGAGGGGUCGUGGGGAAGAAGUGAAGCCACGCUUUGCUCUGUUCAUGUCCGUCAAGAGGGUCGAGAGGGUUGAAUUUGUGUCAGUGUUUGACUACUUCGAUGGCUUCCAUGAUGAUGUGGGGACGAUUCUUCCACGAAGACAUACAAAUGGGUUACAGCGGUCAUAUGGAAUCUCUAUUGCAAGAAGUCGGCGGACUGUGUUGUGGCUUGCUGUGGCAGACCUGAUGGCAUCAGUUGGUGUGUUUGUCCGAUCUAUCCUGUGGAUCUGCAUCAAAGACUUCAUACCAGCUGCCAAUGACAGCCUCUCCAAUGUUGUCUUCUGUGCCAUAUCCUCUGCAUGGAUCCAGUUCUUUUACACUGCUACGUGGUUCUGGACGCUGUGUUAUGCUCUUGAUGUAAGGCAAAUGUUUCAGUCACAAAGGGAAUUUACGGAACAUACCAUAUGCUAUCACAUCACUGCGUGGGUAAGCCCUGCCUUGCUCACAUCUAUGGGACUCCUCAUUCUGUAUGUUCCUAAUGCAAAUUGUCAUGAUAUUGACACCCUGUCAGGGAUCCUGACACACAUCUUGCCAAAUUAUUUUGCCACUUUCUUGCCAGUGGCUGCCAUCAUGAUUAUCAAUCCUAUUUUGUACUGCUGUUCAACACGAGAUGCCAGGUUCUUGAUAUCCAUCAGACUUGGACAGUACACACAAAGGGAGCGCAAAGCUGUUGAUGGAAUAAAGACAAAAUUCUUAUUCAUCAUUCUGACUUUUUACAUUUGCUGGCUUCCGAAUCUCAUCUUUGGGGUGCUGAUCUGGUCCCUCUGGAUUCACAUGUCAGAAAGUGUGAUUAUUUUUUUGUGGUAUAGUAUGGCAGUGAUGAAUCCUCUGCAGGCAUUGUUGAACAUGAUGGUGUACCGACGAUGGUCAGGCACCGCAGAGCAUGUGUACUUGCCAUGUUUACCUUGUGAAGACUCCAGUCAUUUGUCUGAAUACUCACCGAUCCAUCCUGUCCGCCAUGUUGCCCCUUUGCAGGGUGAGGACACUCCACUGCUGCGCAGCCAUGAGGAGAAUGGCAGAAUGAGCAUCAAUGACACUUUAACAAACUCUUAAAACAUAUAUGCAGUAAUAGUCAACAUGCUUCAACCAAGAGUGACUAAUUUUAAGAACUGUGAUACUUAACUUAUUGAAAAGAGAAUCUCUUUUAGUAUUCAUUAAGUACAUGGUAUAUUAGAGUACACUACAAUUCUCUUAGUUGUGUUCAGGAUUAACACAGAAACUGUGUUUUAACUUGUGAAUUUUACAUAAAGUUCAAUAAGUUUUUACAUCAGUCUCAGUUAUAUUUUACACUACAAUAGAUUGUUCGAAAUACGGAGAUACUGAUACAGAAUAUCCAUGUUAUAACUUGGCAAGUUGGAUGAUGGAUUCUGAGGGUCCAGGGUAAUCCUUGUAAUUGUGGUGGACAGAGAGGCACUGGAACAGGUUUCACUUUAAGUAUUUUGGUGUCUCUUUGCCAGCCAAUAUUGCACAGAUGCUUCAUAUGUAUCUGUCCUCUUAUGCGAGAUGUAUCUGACCAGCCAGCACAUUGACGCAACGUUUGUCCAUUGUUAACAAUUUAACGCUCAUCCAGUAUUUGAUUAGAGUAAAGAAGUUUACCUAUAAACACUGAAGACAUGUUAAAUCUUUUCUCCAGUAACUGCUCAAUCAGAUGAUUUGCAUCUAUAUAUAAAUACAUAUACAUAUAUCUGUGUGUGUAUAUGUAUAUGUAAGUGUGCUUUUGUAGGCACAUUUUUACUUUAAGAAUGUAUGAAGAAAUGAAAAAGGAUUACAGGGGUAUAAGGUCUGUUCUGUUAUGGUAUAAACAUUUCAGUAUUUCAAGUAGAGUAUUGUAAUAAAGAAGACUUUAAUUUACAAUGUAAUGAAGGGAAAUGCAUAUUAUAUAUAACCAUAUUCUUGCCAUACUUAAAAUGUAAGAAUGGCAUAAAGUGAUAGAAAUAUGAUAUAAUCAGUUUUAAUACAUCUGUUUGUAGUUUUGAUAUAUUUUAAUAUCCUAUAAAACUAGAAGAACGUUACUAAUUGGCACUACUGUAUUACUUUUGUAAGUAUCUUUGCCAAUGCAGAAGUUCAUGUGUACAUAUUUUAUGUUUAUAUUUUGUAUUUAGACUAUUUUUCCAAUACCUUUUGUAAAUUUCAUAUAUCUGUAAAUUGUGGAAUGUUUUGCAUUGUACAGGAGAGUGCAAAUUUUGACUGUGGUCUUCAAAUAAAGUUUUCCAGUUUUGUA